AUGUCCUUGGGUGGACACGUGUCGCCGUUUCGUGAACAUACUGAUUUUUCUCUUCGCCCCUUGCACAAGCCUGGAGCAUCGCUUUUCCUGCCGGUCCCAGUGGCAUCCUGUCGUAAUGGUCAGGAGAAGACGAACUGUGUGACGACCGCUCCUCCGCGUCUUGGAUACCUGGCGGAGUAUUCGGUGGUGGGGGACGGCGCAUCACCCUCGGGUUGUCGAGCCGUGGCUGCGCUCGGGGUAGGUUUCGAAGUCUUUGAGCUUCAUCUGGAUAUCGCGAGACGGUGCCGUCAUAGAUUGCUGUGGCGGUACGUUGUUGUGUCUGGUGAUGGUCCUAACCAGAAUCGCCAAUCGCUUGUGCAUCUUCUCCAACAUGCUCUUGAUGCUGCUGAACCCAGGUCGAACAAAGUGCUUGGCCGAACCUUCCUGCAGCCAUAUUUGCCUCGCGGAGGAGGGUAA